AUGCGCUCACAACCCAUCCUGCUCGCCUUGGCCGCCCUCUUCGCAUCAUCUGUCAUAGCACAGGACAGGACCACCACAGCCGCCGAUAAAGAUGCAACGGCGACAGCAGUUGAGGCUGCCGAGACCACCGCGGACGACGCCGACACAUCUCUGCCUGAUAUAGACCAGACCUCGACCGAGAAGACUACCACGGCUGCUCCCACUACGACGGCUGCUUCGUCAGGGACCGAGACCCUUCCCGGCAUUACAACCUCGACGUCUACGAAUGACGACUCAGAUCUGCCAGACGUUCCUGGUGCAUACAGCUAUCCUGCGCCCACCGUCCCUCCCACAAACAAUGCUCCGUACAGGCAGCAGGAGACUUUGCCGCAAGGGACCAUAUUCAUCGCCGUCGGUGCUAUCCUCGGUGCUUUCGGUGCCGGUGUGCUGAUCUGGCGGGCUGUCGUCGCAUGCCUCUUGCAUCGUUCUGUGAAGCGCGCUGCUUUGGUUCAACAUAUCGCCAACGACAAGGCAUCGUAUCCCGCGCCGUCCUCCAAUUUCUAUAAAUAUAGCGACCAUGCGUCCUCGGCUUCGUUCGGUAACCUGACGGCCGGUCGCGGAGUGCGAAGAACACAACGAGGCCCAAUUCCAUCGGCUACACCAAGCCAGUCUAACCUCUUCUUCUCCCCCACUGCGCCUAGUCUCGCGAGCACUGCUGGCAAUCGCGAAUCGCGUUUUCUGCCGUCGGGUUUUUACGCUGCUGGCGCUCCUCAACAAGACAUCAGCAUGACAAACCUGAACCUGAGGCCCGAUUCGCGCGGCCCUUCCCGGAGUUUCGAGCCUAGCCCUCCUGAAUCGCCCAACUUGGCUCCCCGUAAUGACAUCUCGCGGCGGAAUCCGAGCUCCAGUACCUUGAACCUCCACCGACCGUCUAGUGGACGCGCGCCGAGUGCCUAUCUCGAGGACCUGCUGGGCGACCAGCCUGAGCAGUUCCCACCACCCGGCAAUCGCAACACAUGGCAUCAGUCCCAAGGUCGGAUGUAG